AUGGCACCAACUGUUCCAAUAGACUUCACUGGACAGAAAGAAUCAAGGAAGUGUUUGCUUUCACAGAUGAUGGGAAAGUCACGUAAGUACUCUAAAGGGCAUUUAUCUGGUUUUGUUCCAGAUUACCGGCAUGCUGUCGAGACCAUGGCUGAAUCAGAGGGGUUUGGAAGCUCAGGACGGGUUGACACAGAAAUGACAGCUUCAGAGGAUUCAUGUGCGCCUAAAAGGAAAUGCAUUAGUCUGAAUGUGGAUGGUUAUGAUGGUUUUGGGGUGCCUAUGCAAGUGUUGCCAUUGUCACGGAUGUCACGGUCUGAAAGGAAGGAUUUGGAAUCGAAGCUGAAAUUGGAGCUCGAACAGGUGCGGAUCCUUCAGAAGAAAAUUUCUACCAUAAGUUCAAAUGUUGCUGUAUUAUCGCCAUCCAGUGAUAUUCGGAGUUGCAGUGAUGGCAAAAAGAGGCCCCCACUUGAUAGAUAUCAGAAAUCAUUGGAAUUUUCUGCGCCACAAGGUAAGAAAAGGGCUCCUCCUGGCCGCAAUGGUGCCCGCACAAAAAAAGGCAUGUCUGGGCCUGUCGAGCCAACGAAGCCAGUGGCUCCAGCAACCACUUCAAAUUCUAUGUUGUUGAAACAAUGCGAGCAGUUGCUAGGCCGCUUGAUGUCACAUCAGUUUGGUUGGGUUUUCAACACUCCCGUUGAUGUGGUGAAGUUGAACAUACCAGAUUAUUUUACAGUCAUUAAGCAUCCAAUGGAUUUGGGCACUGUGAAGAGCAAGAUAACAUCAGGCAUAUACUCAUGUCCAUUAGGUUUUGCUGCUGAUGUGCGGCUUACUUUCUCAAAUGCUUUGACUUACAACCCACCUGGAAAUGAUUUUCACUUUAUGGCCGAGACGAUUAGUAAAUAUUUUGAACAGAGAUGGAAAGGCAUAGAGAAGAAGCUUCCAGUUACUACUGAUGUGCAGGCUUUGCCUUCAAGAGCGGCUCUUCAUGUGGAAACUGAGACUGCUGCACCUAUGCCACCCUCAAAAAAGAAGAAAAGUACACCAAAUGAUACUAGUGUCAAGCCUGAAGCUCUGAAACGCAUGUUGACUGAUGAGGAGAAGGCUAAACUGACCAUGGAGUUGGAGGCUUUGAUGGACGCAGAAGUGCCUCUAAAUAUUGUUAAUUUCCUACAAGAGCAUAGUCAUAGUGAAGGGCAAACCAAUGAUAAUGAGAUCGAGGUUGACCUUGAAGCUUUUAGUGAUGAUACCUUGUUUGCUUUACGGAAGCUUUUGGAUGACCAUCUGCUGGAGAAACAGAAAGGGCAGGCAAAAGCUGAACCUUGUGAAAUGGAGAUUCUUAAUGAGUCAGGAUUUAGCAACUCAUCAAUGCAACCAUGUAAAGGCAAUGACCCAGGCGAUGAGGAAGUGGAUAUUGUUGGUGGGAACGAUGCUCCUAUUUCAAGCUUUCCUCCAGUGGAGAUAGAGAAAGAUCCAGCUCACAGAAACAGUAAAUGCAGUAGCUCAAGUAGCUCCAGUAGUGAAUCAGGCUCUUCAUCCAGUGAUUCCGACUCUGGCAGUUCUUCUGAAAGUGAAUCAGAUGAUGCUAAAGUUCCAGCUUCAUUUGGUGGAGGAAAGGAAAAUGUGGGUACUGGAGCAAAUUCAGACCAAAAGAGAAAUGAUAUUGGGGAUUCAGAAAUUGGCAAUGAUUCAAUAAAUGGGGUGGCCCCACUGGAUCAGGACUCUGGGUCUAAACCAAUUUCUGUUGAGGAGAGUGGACAUAGAGAGGGGGAGAGUGCUCCAUCUGAGAGGCAAGUCUCCCCCGAUAAGCUCUACCGUGCAGCUUUAUUGCGGAAUAGAUUUGCUGACACAAUACUAAAAGCCCGAGAAAAGGCACUAGAAAAGGGUGAAAAGCUGGAUCCAGAAAAAUUGCGAAUUGAAAGAGAGGAACUUGAAAAGCGGCAAAAAGAAGAGAAAGCACGUUUACAAGCUGAGGCCAAAGCUGCAGAAGAGGCUCGAAAGAAGGCUGAAGCAGAAGCUGCAGCCGAAGCUAAAAGGCAGAGGGAACUAGAGAGAGAGGCUGCACGUCAGGCAUUGCAAAUGAUGGAAAAGACUGUUGAAAUUGAGAAUAGUCAGUUUAUGGAAGAUCUAGAAAUGUUUAGGGCUGUUGAUGAUGAACGUGUGCCAAAUUUCACGGAGGAGACUAGCCCAGAGCAUUCUCAGAAUGAGCUUGUCAGACUGGGUAGUUUCAAGCUACAGGGAAGUAGUAAUCCCUUGGAGCAACUUGGUUUGUUCAUGAAGGCGGACGAUGAUAUAGAGGAAGAAGAAAUCGAACCUCCCCAGAGUGCUUCAGAACCAGAACCCAAACCUGAACCAGAACUCGAACCUAAACCCGAACCAGAAGCAGCAAAUGAUGCUGUUGAAGCAAAUGAUGCUGUUGAAGCAAAUGAUGCUGUUGAAGCAAAUGACUUCGAAGAAGGAGAGAUUGAUUGA